UAUAAUAAAAUUGGUUUGCUUUGCACAAAAAUAAAGUUAUUAUAAAUUGUGAAGCGUUUCAUUUGUCUAUAAAAAAGAUGAAUGGUACUAAGAGAGUUUGUGUUGUAUCAAACUGUGGCAGUAGAUCUGGAAAAUUGGGAGAAAAUUUGUCCUUCCACAGACUCCCGAUUAACGCAGAAAGGAGGCAGAUUUGGGUUGAUUGUUUAAAUUUGCAUCCUCACGAAAUAAAACCUAAUGCUAUGGUAUGCAACCUCCAUUUCAGACCACAAGACAUAGUGAAGAAAAAAUUGAAGUACUUUGUAAACUCUAACGCCGUUCCAUUGAAAUGGGCCAAUGAUCACAGGAAUAUCCAUAGAAAUGAUGAAAAAGAUGAUUCUGUGAAUAGAAUUCUGGAUGAAAGUGAAAUCAAAAUUGAGUCUGAGCAAAUAAGCUACGCAAAUAAUUCUGAAAUUUACUUCAAGCCAAAAAUUGAAAAAGAAAUUGUACCUGACACAUCAGAAAUUCUUGAGGCAUUGAAAAGCAAGAGUGAGGAAAAUAUAAAAUUGCAAAGAACCAAUCAACAAUUAAGGAAGGAAAUCAAAUGUCUACGACUGAAAUUGCAAAGGAGAAACAAGAAAAUCAGUACUUUGAAAGCCAAGUUAAAGAAAGAUAAAUCGAAUAAAAAUGCAAAGACAAUUCCAUCUAGUCCAGAAUCUACCGAAUCCUCAACUGAAGAAUUUGUGGAAGUAAAUGAAUUGGAGGAGUUAGACGAGUCUAACGACAGUCUGAAUCUAGAUCUGCAUCAAGGGAUUGAUUCUACAUGAAGAAAGUAAUUUAUAGGAUACUGUUUAAAAAAAAACGCUUUCAUUUUUCAUAUUUUUCCGAGAUGUUACAAUUUUAUUUUUCAUCUGCAAUUCGAAUAUUAAAUUAUGGUAAAUUUUGAAAUUUUCCAUUAAAGUUUUACAGGUUUAA